CCCUUUCGCCCUCCCAUGGAAUCCAACGGCGACACUUCGCCGCCGCCUCCUCCGGCCCCGGCGCCGCCACGUGCCUGCGGCGCGGGCCAUCGGGCGUCGCACUCGCUGCCGACCUCGGCGGGCGGCCGCGUCUGCCUCUCCUGCGCCGCAGCGCUCCUCUCCUCCGCGGGCGCCGCCUCCACGCCGUCCCACCACGUCGCGCACGCGCUCGCCAGCCUCUCCCUGGCGCUCGCGGACCCAGCCUUCCUCGCGCCGCUCCGCGCCGCGCACCCGCGCCUCCUCGCGGCGCCGCUCGCCGAGGCCCUCGCUGGCGCCGCCGCCCGCCGCGACGCGGCGCUCGCCUCGCAGGCGUCCGAUCUCGCGGCCGACCUCGCCGCAGCAGUGGGCGACCCCGCCGCCUCAGAGCUCGUCGCCCGCCUUGCCCGCGUCCUCUCCUCCGGUUCUCUCGUCAAGCACCUCCACACGCUACAUUGUUUGGGCAUUUUGCUAAACACCACCAAAGAUGCUGCAGCACAUAUAGGACAUAAACUUUCGCUUUUCUUAAAUCUUGUUAAUGAUCUCCGACUACCAAGUGAUGAAAUUCGUGGAGAGAUACUCUUCGUGCUAUACAAACUCUCUAUAUCAAAUGCCACCCCAUGGGACAAUAUAUGUGAUAAUGGAGAUGUGGACCUGUUAGCAAUUGGAAGAAACUUGCUUCAACUCUCUCUUGAAGUCCUACUCAAAACUCAAAACGAUACUGUUCGCCUGAACUGUAUUGCAUUGCUCCUUACUUUAGCAAAAAAGGGGCCCUUUGACCUUGUGUUGCUCAGCAAUCAGAGUUCAAUCAACUGCGUAGAACCAGAGCACAUGCAGAAUGAUUAUAUGUCCCUAAAUGCUUCUCUUGUUCUAUUCGCUGAGGCUGUCAAAGGAUCUCUGCUAUCUACUAACCUAGAAGUUCAGACAGGGACAUUGGAUUUGAUCUUUCAUUUCCUGUCAUCUGAUGGAAAUAUUUGUGCUCUACUUGAAAUUUUGAUCGAUGAAAACGUUGCUGAUUACAUAUUUGAGGUUCUCAGGUUAUCAGGAAAUAAUGAUCUUCUUGUCAUCUCCUCUAUUCAAGUGCUAUUACUUUUAGCCAGAUCAGAGGAGAAAUUCAAAGAAAAGCUUGCCAUUGGAUUUUCCACUCUGCUUCCUGUUCUUCACUAUGUUGCAGAGAUACCAUUUCACCCAGUCCAAUCUCAUGUUUUACAACUUGUUUGGAUUUGCAUGGUCAAUUGUUCUGGUAUCCUCUCACUGCCCCAAGAAGAACAGAUAGCCUGUACUUUAACUGCAAUCUUGAGAAGAAAUGGCAAUGGCGAACUUGGCAUGAGUUCUGAAACCUUUAUUCUGGUUUGCUCAAUAUUAGUAGAGAUUCUGAAGUCACCCCAUGCUCAUGAUAUCGAGAAAUUACCAUCGUUUAUUGAAGAAUCAUCAAGAUAUGCGAUAUCUUCAACACUAUCACAUGAGUAUGAUUCUAGGAUCCCCAUUCCUCAUUCCCUUUUUCUUCUGAAAGAAGCACUUCUGUUCUGCCUUGAAGGGAGCAAAUAUAAUGUUUCUAGCAAGAAGGAUCUUGAGAAUAGCAUCAUUGGAACUUGUGGAACAAUUUUACUGCAUUGGCUUGAAAGUGCUGUGGUUGAUGGUAAUGAUGAAGAAACACUGGCAGGGAUCCUUCAGAUUUUCCAACUUAUUUUGUCAAGGGCAACUGACAAAAAGCCAUUACAGUUUGCUGAGUUGCUAGCUUCAUCUUCAUGGUUUAGCCUGUCAUUUGGAUUCAUGGGCUUAUUUCCUACUGCUCAUGUAAAAUCUGUGGUAUAUUUGGUCACUAGUUCAAUUGUUGAUAGAGUUUUGGGCUGUAAUUAUGGGGAAACUAUUAGAGAUGCACACAUUUAUCUGCCAUCAGACCCCACAGAACUGAUGUAUUUGUUUGGGCAAUGUAGUACAGAAGACUUCAACUUAGCAUCAUGCCAAUGUGCUGUACUGUCUAUACUGUAUGCCUGUUCAUUCUACAAUGAAAGGCUGGCUGCUGACAACCAAAUUCUGGCUUCUGUUGAGCAAUACAUCCUCCUCAAUAGUGGAAGCUUCCCAUAUGAAAUUAAUUUUUCUGUUAUGUUUACGCUUCUGGUCCACCUUUAUGCCUAUGUCAGGGGCAUUUCCUAUAGCCGCAGCAUUCCACAUAGUCCAGAAGCCGAGAGUACUCUAUUCCACGUAAUGACACAAAAGGAUUGGGAUUUGCUUGCUAUCCGAGUCCAUCCAAUAGCAAUAAAAUGGCUCUUCCAGAAGCAAGAACUCAUGGAACCACUCGCCUUCCAGAUGCUAAACUUUUGUAAAACUUUCUGUGAAGAUGAAACUAUCAUGCUCUCAAACAGCAGUCAGUUGGUGGACAUACAAAUGGUUGCAGAGCUGGUACUUUCUGGAGAAACCAUCAUCUCAUUUUUGCUUGUGUCCUUGCUAAACCAGAUAGUAAAGGAGGGUACUGAAGAUGAGGUCUUUUCGGUGGUCCGUGUUAUAGCCAAAAUCAUCACCAUCUCUCCUUGUACAUCUGAUCAGUUUAUAUCAUGUGGCAUUGUCAAUUCAUUCCAUGGCAUAUAUUGCUUACCGUACUGUUCAAGGAUCCAAACAGUUUGUUCCCAUUUGAUCUUUAACAUCUUAUGUUCAGCAAGUGCAUUAACAUUUGCUCAGGAAAAUGAAUGGCUUCCUCUUACUGUGAAGCUAUUGGAAUUUAUCAAUUCUGGUAUUGAUUAUACAUCUAGCAACCAAGAACACAAGAUAUUGAUAGGGGUAUUAUGCUUUGUUUUGCAUCAUUCAGCAAACAAAGUUCUUGUUGAGCCUGCAAAAGCCAUAAUCUUGAACAGUUCGUUGGUUUCUUUAACGGAUGUUAUAGUACAGAAAGCAUGUUCAAAAGGCCCAUCUUUAUUUCAACACAAUCAGGAUACAGCCUUUGGAGAACUCCUAAGUCUUGUACUUCUAUUGGUGUUUUUCUCUCUAAAAAGUUUGCAUACAAUUCUAGAGGCAAGUAUUGACUGGCAGGACUUCUUUCAGCAUUCUGAAGACAUCCAAUCUUUUUCUGUCCUCGGUAUUCCAUGCCAUGAUUUAUGCCGUCUCAUGCACUUCGGUCCACCUUCUAUUAAACUUAUUGCUUCACAAUGUCUGUUGGAGUUGCUAAUGAGAAUUUCAGAUCAAAGAACAUGUACUAAUGCUGAAUUAAGAUGCUCUGUGAGGUAUCUGAAGUCUAUUAUUGCAGUAACUGAGGGUUUGGUCUUCAGUGAAGACAGUAAAGUUGCUGGAAAUUGCGGUGCCUGUCUCUCUGUAAUUUUAGGUUGGGAGAAAUUUGGAAGCCAAGAGAAGGUGGCGACCAGAGAAUCCAAAUGGUUUCGAUUAAUAAUGGAGGAAUUUGCUGUUGCCUUGACUGCUCCUGGUUUGACGUCCAAAUCUUUCACCAAUCAGCAGAAGUUUGCAGCGAAUCUAGCUGUUUCGUUGCUCAGGCUGAGCCAAGUACCAGAUUGGCUAACAUCGCUGUUUGAUAGCCAUCUGAUAUAUGGUAUUGUGGCUAAUCUUUCUGCUAGGAAUGUUACUGCAGAAAUUGUCAAUCUCUUCAGUGAGCUCAUGGCUAGGAAAUAUCUGAGCCAAGAGCACAUUGUUGCUCUACAUAACUUGUUCCAGGUGUGCAGAAGGCAGGUCUAUGAGGGAAGCUCCAAGGCGCAAAUGUUUGGGCAAAGUGUUAAAAAGAAGAUUGCGAGGAGCUCCGAUGACAUGCUCGCAUUACUCUUUGGCCUGAUGCUGAACCAGAACACAGACUCUGGUGCAGUUCAAUCGGAGCAGCAGACGCUCCUGCGUGCGAUUGAUCUGUUCUUCCAGGAGUCAAGCGGGAGAGAGCAGCGUUAACAUAAACGCCAACCAGCUUGUACAGAUGUUGAGAAAAGCUGAUUCUUCUUCCUCCACGUUUUCUGAACCAAGUAGAUGAUAUUCCAAAUGGGACAGCCGGACAUCAAUCCCUCUGUUCCUGAGAGGCUCCUCGAUUUUCCUGCACUAGAGGAGAAGCUUAGUAAGUUGUAUAUAUACUGAAGUUUUGGCGCAGGAGAGGAAUGUACAUGUGAUGUGAAUCGAUAGGAUUGCAAUCAUCCUUCUGGCCUGAAAUAGUAACAGCUAUUAACUCGAAUCUGUAGCCGUAUUCUUCGUUAUACGCAUGCGAGGACUGUAUUGCCACGGCCGCUGAAGUAUUAACUGAUGAAGAUUCUUGUUAUCGGCCUUUUUUAAUUUGAAGUUACUGCUGAAAUUCUGGCUUUUGAUCCC